UUUACAUACACCUAUUUCUCAACGCCUCACACGCUUUUCCUUCCUCGUCUUCUCCGUUGACUCGGUGCCGGCACCCUUGCCGGAGAAUAGUAAGGGGGAUUGGAACAUUCAGUAUAUAAGCCUGAGCAAUCCUGAUCAGUCUUUUCUUUGUGACAACUAAGUAAGUAUUCUUAUACAGUAACUCUAGACCAAUUUAUCUUUCCUACUUUUAAUGGCCGAUUUCAAUAUAAAGUUUAUCGCCUCUGCUUUCCUGUCACGAUUGGUUUGACUAUUUUUCUUUUCCUCGCGUGAUUUAUCGAUCUUGAGGCUCUCCACUUUAGAAAUUCUCUCCCAUAUCAUUUCUUCCCAGCUGCUGCCGCUGAUUGCUCUUACUUAUAUUUCCAUCUUUGAUCUUCAAAGUUAUGUGUUGAAUAUGGAUUCAUAGUUUGGUGAUUUAGAUUUUGAUACUUAUUUGUUAAAUUUGUGGAAGACUCGAGGCUGAAGGUGACAUUCUACGAAAUUUGAUGUAUUCAAUUGUUGAAAAAGAUAAAAGUAUGUCUGAAAACCCAGAUGAGCUGAAUAUGCCUGGAAAUCCAGAUGGGCUGAAUAUCAAAUUUCGAUUGAUCGAUGGAACAGACAUAGGGCCUACAAAAUUCCCCUUGACUGCCAAAGUUGAAGAGUUGAAGGCAGCUGUUCUUGCUCAAUUGCCUCAAGAGAAGGAAAAUCGCCUAAUAAAAGAAAAAGAAGUCAAGUUGAUAAGCGGAGGGAAAAUUUUAGAAAACAGUAAAACAGUGGAUGAUUACAAGAACCAAUAUGCAAGCUCUGAAGAUGUCACGAUAAUGCAUGUUGUUAUUAACCCACUACUCCAGGAUAAAGAAGAGAAGGUAACAAAAGACCCAAAACAGAGCAGAUGUAGCUGUGUCAUACUAUGAAUUACAUCUCCAACUAGGUGACAAAUUCUUCCACAACUUGGUAGGAUUUGUUUCCUCUUAAUUGGAAUAUAAAAUUGGUAAGUUAUAGCCUCAUCUCGUAAGCGAAUUGAGGACCUUGCUGAUUAAGGACUGGUAGCAGCAGAGAAGAAGCUGAGGACUUUAUCUCCUAAUGCAACUCAGCCCAGAUGAUUGCUAGUUUUGGGCUUUACUACUAUUACUAAGGUCUAUAAUACUCCCACUUUACAAGGCAUGCGAGCAAAUAUUGUCGUGCCUGCCCUUCAAACAAAUAAUUUCAAUGGGUAGAACAUCUGAUGUGUCUCCAAAUUUUGCCAUCGAAGGUCAAUUUAUUUCUUCUUUUUAUGUUUGCCUUUUCUUUCAUUUACAGUGAUUGUUUGUCGUCAAGAAGAAGAAACAGAAAUGUUUUAUUUUACAGUGUAAUAACCAUGACAGCUUUGAUGCUUGAUGAAUGUGUGUAUACUUUGAUCUUGUUCCUUCCAACUCAGCAUUAUCGCUCA